CGACGUGCCUCUUGCUGGAACACAAGUCAUUGUCCCCUUCGGGGUGACAUACGAAAAAUUGGAACGAUACAGAGAAGAUUAGCAUGGCCCCUGCACAAGGAUGACACGCUUUCCCGGAGUGGUAGACCUACGGGUCUCAAUAUUUAUUAUUCUUUUUUGCAAAGAAUUAUCCCAGAAAAGACUUAUAUAUCACGUUACUGAGAGAAUCUGCUUGACGCUUCAGCGCUCAGCAGCCGACUUUCAUGGCACCCAAGAGAGCAAGAGAGCAAGCCCAGAGACAUGUCAAUGCUACGAAGCAGACACUUGCUUCAGAUAUAAUUACAAAACGGACGAAACGCCAUCUUGAAGAGCUUGAGCGUUCCAAUUAUACAGAGCCUUCAAUCACCUUCGACGAUACUGACGAGGGUGCCAUAACCGGGAAGAAUCGCGUCCGCCAGAUCGUUUCUGAUAAACGUCAUUUGAAUGACCCUAAUGCGAAGAAGAAAAAGUCGUCCAUGAAAGUUCGAACCGCCCUCCUAUAUCGCAAGAAUUUUGCUACCUUGAUUGAGGAAUCGCGCAUAGCAAAUCUUCCUUCCAACAUUCCAACAUAUUUAACAGGUGCUGCUCCUCCCCCUCAACUGCCCCCACGUCUUUUAUGCUCCGUGUGCGGGUACAAGGGUACAUAUAAAUGCAAAAAAUGCGCCAUGCCAUACUGCGACAUGAACUGCGAGAGCGUCCAUGCAGAAACACGUUGCGAACGUCGCGCUAUAUGAGUCUCCCUGUGCCAAUCAUAUCGUUGGCAUCUAUCAUUCGCAGUCCCCACCGCACUAUGAAAAUCUAAAUCAAUGGUCAACUUGGGCGUAAGCUGCCCUCAAAACCGAAACAUCUUC